AUGUUCGCCAACCUCAAGUACACCGCCGUCCUGGCUCUCGCUACCCUUGCUGUCGCCGUCCCCAACUCGGGCCUGCAAUCUCGCAACGACCCUCCACCCUCCGACUCUCCCCAGUGCUGCAACAGUGUUGUUUCGUCGACCAGCAGCGUUGUAUCGGGACUUCUUGCCCUUCUUGGCAUCGAUCUCGGGGGAGCAAACAUCCCCAUCGGUCUCAGCUGCUCCCCCAUUACCGUUAUCGGCAACAACUGCGGAGGCACAACCGUCACCUGCGAGGCUCCCCAGAAGGAGUGGGCUGGCCUCAUUGCCAUUAACUGCCUCCCUAUUACUCUUUAA